UACAGCUUCAUCAUGAUAGUUAUCAUCACGUCCCUGUUUUUGACGUUCAUGGCACAAACCUGUAAGAGUGAGACUCAGAAAGUAACUAAGGAUUUCUACUUGGCUGAAAACCGAGCCUUACUGAAUCAUGUGUUUGAAUGGAAGACUGUAUCUUCACCUGUGAUCUGUGGACGAGACUGCUCUAUGGAUCCACAGUGUGCAUCAUUCAACUAUCACAUCAUAAGAGGUAUCUGUGUGUUGAAUGAUGCCAGCAGAGCUCACGGCCCUGUUGACUUUGUUGAGAUACAAGGAAGUGCCUACUAUGAUAACAACUUGGACACUUCUUCAUUUUCACUACCCAGCACUAGCAGUUGUUUGGAGUUGUAUCAAGCUGGUUACCGCAUCAAUGGUGUGUACACAAUCUUUCCUACAAGUCUGACUGAUGGCUUACAGGUUUACUGUGAUAUGGAGACAGAUGGAGGAGGCUGGAUGGUGUUCCAGAGGAGACAAGAUGGCUCUGUUGACUUUUAUCGUAACUGGGCCGAAUACCAAUCUGGGUUUGGUGAUCUGCAAAAUGAGUUCUGGUUGGGGAAUGAUAUCCUGCGUGACCUUACUGGAUCGGGUCAAUGGCGACUCAGAGUAGAUUUGGAAGAUUGGAAGUCCAAUAAAUCUUGGUCUUCUUAUGGUGAGUUCAGUGUUACAGGUGACAAGUACACUCUCCAUGUUGGUUCAUAUGAUGCUCAGAGUCCAGCAGGUGAUUCAAUGCCAUGGCAUGAUGGCCAAUCAUUCUCAACAAAGGAUCAGAACAAUGAUCCAAGGUCUGGUUACAAUUGUGCCAAGCUAUAUGAAGGUGCCUGGUGGUUUAAUACUUGCUUUCAAGCUCAUCUGAACGGUAAAUACUAUCCACAGGGAGAGGUGUCAUAUCCACAGGGAAUACAAUGGUCCAAGUGGAAAGGACAUCGCUACUCCCUGAAGAAAUGCAGCAUGAAAAUACGGCAAGUUUUGUAACUAUCAACUCAUUGACCAGGGACAGGGAAUAAAAUGGAAUGACUGGAGUGGGGAUUAUUAAUUACUCCCUCAAAUAAUGCAGCAUGAAAAUACGACAACUUAAACUCUAACCCUGGGUUUGCGGAACAAGAAUGAUCGACUUGUUGAACAGGAUUGACUUGUUCAUCAGAGUUAGUCGAACUAUGGUUAACUAUAGUCGUUGAUCGAACUUGCUCAUUAUUUCCAUGAAAGUUGGAUUUACAGAGCUAAUCUGCGGCCACCUUGUGUCACAAAGUCUCCAACUGUCUAGUAGUUUGAAGAAUUUCAUGUGUAUUGACCCCUUGCACGAGCGUCACACGCGGCGACUGAUGCCAC